AAACCUCGCUUUGCUAGACCAAAUCCCGUCCGGGCCCUCCGUGAACGUGAGGAACGCCGUCAUGCGGCCGCAACAGCAACACGGCUUUCAUCGACGCAGAGGCCAGGCGUUGUCACUCCCGCUCACCAGCAGUGCGCCAACAAGGCCUGUCCCAAACCCAAUGUUGUUGACGGAACUUGCCAGACUUGCGGUCGUGUCGCUGAUGAUAGCAACAUCGUGUCCGAGGUACAAUUCGGCGAGACGUCAUCCGGUGCUGCCAUGGUUCAGGGAACCUUUGUCGGCGCUGAUCAGGCUGGUGUUAGGGGCAUGGGCCCUGCUUUUAGGAGAGUAGGUGGCAGCGAAGACAGAGAAAAGAGCAUCAGGGAGGCGCGAGGUCUCAUGCAAGGUUAUGCCCAGCAGCUCAACAUUAGCGACAGUCUCGUUACUGCAGGCACACAAGUCUUCAAGCUUGCAUCUAGCGCCAACUUCAUUCAGGGACGCACGCUGGCGAGCGUUGCGGCUGUCUGCCUUUAUGCUGCUUGCCGUGCCGAGCCACCUUGUAAGGUCAUGCUUAUCGAUUUGGCCGAUUUGGUUCAGCUCAAUGUGUUUAAGCUGGGACGAAUCUUCAAGAAGCUGAAUGAAGUGGUACCAAUUGGAACCGAUGGACUGAUCCCGGUAUACCCCGAGGAUCUCAUUUGGCGAUUUGCCACAAAGAUGGAGUUCCACCAAGACACAGCCAAGGUCGCCGAAGAUGCAGUUCGACUGGUCAAGCGGAUGAGCAGGGAUUGGAUGGUCAUGGGCCGUCGACCCUCUGGCAUCUGCGGCGCCUGUCUGCUCAUGGCUGCACGUAUGCACAACUUCCGACGGACAAUUCGCGAAGUCGUCUACAUCGUCAAGGUGACGAACCAUACUAUCCAGAACCGAUUACAAGAAUUCAACAACACCGAGUCAAGUCGCAUGUCAGUAGAAGACUUUUUGAAACAGGAUUUCCUGGAGAGUUCACAUGAUCCACCUUCAUUCUACCGAAAAUCGGAUGAAUAUAGAAAGAAGGCGGAAGAGAGAUCACGAAAACGCAAGCAGGGAGGGGCAGAUCUUUCCAAAGCGCCCGAGGUCAACUAUCGCCGAGAUGCUGAUGGUUUCAUCAUCCCCCCAUUACCCUCACAGAUUCCCCAAGGAAACAUCAAUCUUAAUCCAUCAAAGAAUGAAAACAAAGACGAAGUUCAAGGCUUGGAGGAUCUUGCCGAGGAAUUUGGCGAUGCAUUAGAUGAAGAAACUGCUGACCAAGAAACUGAUGGCCGGGGCAAAGGCAAACGGGCCAAGCCUCAGCUUCCGAUCAACGAAGAAUGGGAGCAGGAUGAGCAGGAACUCGAAGGAGUCAUUGAAGAGAUUUUCAAUGAUCCUCUUACUUAUGAACACGCGCUUGCAUAUUCGAAUGCCGAGCAGCGAGCUCGAAUCCACUCCCUCUGGGCUCGUCAACAGCAGCCUCAAAAAGAGGUGUCUAUGGCGGCCGAUGUUACCGAGGAUGAGUUUGCUGACGACCCAGAGGUCAUUAAUUGUCUAUUAUCACCGGAAGAAGCACGUAUCAAAGAGAUUAUCUGGGUGAACCAGAACAAGGAUUGGCUCAGGAAACACCAAGAGAAGGUGUUCCGACGGAAGAUGGAGGCGGAGCGACCCAAACAAACUCGCAAGAGGAGAAAGCGUGCUAGAAUGGGAGAGGGCCAAACAAGUCCCGCUAGCUCUGCAGCCGAAGCCGCAAUCGGCGUGGCCAAGGACCGAGCUUGGUCCAAGAGGAUUAACUACGAUGCUAUCCGCAGUAUUUUCGACAUACCAAACGCUGGCCUUGGAUCUGCGGCAACCAGCAGGAAGACUAGCAUAGCUGGCAGUACCUUUGGUGCCGACGACGACGCGAGUGAGGCACUUGAUGAGAGUGUCGCCGGCGAUGAUGUGCAGGAGCAUGUUGAGGAGGAAGACUAUGAGGAGCCGGAGGAGUUUGGCGAU